AUGUCAUUCUUGAGUCAAAAUCAAUCUGUCGAAGGUCAAACCGCCCUUAUCACUGGAGGCACCAAGAAUUUGGGAGCCCACACUGCUGCUGAAUUAGCCAAGUAUGGAGCCAAUUUGUUCCUCCAUUACCACAGCAACAAGGAGGAAGCUGAAAAGUUCCAGGCUCAGAUCAAAUCCGAAUUCCCCAAGGUCAAGGUUGAGCUCUACCAGGGCAACCUCGCAAAUGCUGACGACCUCGCCAAGUUGUUCGAGGCAGGCAAGAAGGCGUUUCCCUCUGGCAUUGACAUCGCCAUCAACAACGUUGGAAAGGUAUUGAAAAAGCCAAUCACCAAGAUCAGCGAGGAAGAGUUCGACGACUUGAACACUCUCAACAACAAGGUGGCCUUUUUUUUCAUCAAGGAAGCCGGUAAGAACUUGAACCAGAACGGUAGAAUCGUGUCGUUGGUGACCUCGUUGUUGGCUGCCUACACUCCUUUCUACGGCUUGUACCAAGGGACCAAGGCUGGUGUUGAGUACUACGUCAAGGCUGCUUCCAAGGAGCUCGCAGAGAAGAGAAUCACUGUCAAUGCCGUUGCUCCAGGCCCCAUGGACACCCCUUUCUUGUAUGGCCAGGAAACGGAUGACGACAUUAAGUAUUUCAAGUCGGUAGGCCUUGAUGGCAGAUUGACCAAGGUAGAAGAUAUUGUGCCUAUUGUGCGCUUCUUGGCCACCGAGGGCACCUGGAUCACUGGCCAGACCAUCUAUGCCUCUGGUGGCUUCACUGCCCAUUAA